GUGAAAUGAAAGUUAAUACUCAAAAUUGCUCAACUUUUCUUGGUUCAGGCAUCAAUAUGUGUGAUUAAUCAACACUGGAAGCAGUUAGAAUGAUAUUGGCUGAGAUAAGCGGCACCUUCCAUAUAACUUUUGACGUCUGACAUUAUAAUAUUUUUCAAAUAUGUAGUAAGAAGGAAAAUCGUGGGCUCCCUUUUGUCUAAUAAUGGCAACCAGCUGAAUGCAUUAUAAUGCAUUUGAUCCAAUCCAAUUCAUUAAUUAAUUCUAUCCGAUCCAGUACUAAUUGAUCACUGAACAAUAUUUUAUUUAGCUACAUGGCCACAACUACGCUGUCAAUUGACUCUAGAAAUUGGUAGUGCAUAAAUAAAUUCAGCAAUUCAGCUGUAUCCAUCAUCCCUGAUUCAUUAGUCCCAUCUAUCAGAGAGAAGUUUGUAUCCAUAUCUACAACUGAGAGUGUGAAAGAGAGAUGUCGACGAUUCGCCACUUCUCCAUCUUCCUCCUACUCGCCAUAUUCCUGCUUACUCCUGCCACCGCAGAUUCUUCGACCGAUUGUGUGUACACUCUUUACGUGCAAACCGGCGGCAUCAUCAAAGCCGGAACCGACUCCCAAAUCAGCGUCACUCUCGGCGACGCCAAAGGAAGAUCAGUUUGGAUCCCAAAUCUCCAAGAUUGGGGUCUCAUGGGCCCAGACCAUGACUACUACGAGAGGGGAAAUCUGGACAUCUUCACUGGACGUGGGCCGUGUAUCUCUUCACCUAUUUGCAGGCUCAACUUAACCUCUGAUGGAUCAGGAGCCCACCAUGGCUGGUACUGUAACUACAUUGAAGUCACUUCUACUGGGCCUCACAAAGCUUGCAGUCAAUCUAUCUUCUACGUUAACCAGUGGCUGGCUACUGAUGCUCCUCCUUACCAGUUGACUGCCAUCUUGGACGGAUGCAAGAGUGACACUCCCGAUUUGAAACGACGGAAGGCUGGCCCGUUCGUUGUCGGGAAGUCUCCUGCCUCCGCUUCUGAAUAGCCUCCUUUCUGAGAUGAAACCCACACUACACGUGCCCUUUUUCUUCCACUCUUUAUCGUUUUGGUUUGGUCUCAUUUACAUUUUGCUCCCAGUACGAUGAGUUUUGAAUUUCACCAGAGUUAUAUGAGAUGAUGUUGUUCAUGCAAAUUGCUACUUGUGAGAAUGUCAACGUAGGCCCUUGAGCCAGCCCGUAACAAGUCUGGGAAUAAAAGUCCAAUAUGCUUCCUUUUGCCCUUUCUUUGAUUUAUACUAGGCUUUGGUGUUGCACUUUGUGCAGUCUGAGGUGAACGAUAGCCCAGAGACGCUUGAGUGUAGGUAAAACAUUCGCAAAGUUUAUAAUGAAGUUCAUUCCAUGUAUAAAUUAACACAAAAAGAACUACUUCACCAAGAUUUAUCAGUCGUUAAAUCCCUUCUUGGAACUAAUUGAA